CGAGAUUCUUGUUCACCACCAUAUAAUCCCCCUUUCCCCCAAUUUUUUAUCACCACACCUAAUUCCAGAUUUCUCUCGAUUCCAGUUCACCCAAUUUCUUUCUAGGGUUUCCUUUCGCCUAUUGCAUCUUUAUUUCAUUCGCAGCUAACAAACAGUUUGAUUGCAGGUUUUGAUUCGCGGCUUCUCUGUUCGUAAUUCGUUUUUUUAACAGUUAGUUGAAUGUUCUAAUGGAAUCAAAAGCUGGCAAGAAGUCUAGUAGUAGUAAAUCAUUAUUCUACGAAGCUCCCCUCGGCUACGGAAUUGAAUACGUGCGACCAAACGGUGGACUCAAGAAAUUCAAAUCUGCUGCUUACUCCAACUGCGCUCGCAAACCAUCCUGAGUUCUUCUGAUCCGUGCUACAUUAACGCUAGAUAGCUGCGUUUCGUUUUAAUAGUUUUCUUAAAUCUUUACUUCCUCGAUCUCCUCUUUUCGUACUCGUUUUUCUUUAUUUCAAAUUGCAAUUUCUUUUCAAACAAAAAUGACAAUCCAAGGAUCCGCCAUUGGAUUCGAAGGCUUCGAGAAAAGGCUCGAAAUUUCCUUUUACGAACCCGGUUUCUUUACCGACCCUGAAGGAAGAGGCCUUCGUUCCUUGACCAAGAACCAACUUGAUGAAAUUCUGACACCGGCUCAGUGCACCAUCGUUUCUUGUUUAUCAAACGAUUUCGUUGACUCGUACGUUCUUUCGGAGUCUAGCCUAUUUGUAUACCCGUAUAAGAUCAUCAUCAAGACAUGCGGCACCACAAAGCUACUCUUUUCGAUCCCACCUAUACUCGAAUUAUCUUCCCAACUUUCCUUAACGGUUAAGUCGGUACGGUACACUCGCGGAAGCUUUAUCUUUCCUGGAGCACAGUCGUUUCCCCAUCGUAGCUUUACCGAAGAAGUUGCGGUCCUCGACGAUUAUUUCGGGAAGCUUGGUUCAGGUAGCAAAGCCUAUGUCAUGGGUGGUGUUGACCAAAGUCAACAAUGGCAUGUCUAUUCCGCGUCAGCUCAAGCGGAUGGCAACUCGGUUUACACCCUUGAGAUGUGCAUGACGGGGUUGGAAAACAAACGCGCAUCCAUGUUUUACAAGACGAAUUCAAACUCUGCGGCUAUGAUGACCGAAGUUUCUGGUAUUAGAAAGAUCCUACCCGGAUCCCAAAUUUGUGAUUUUGACUUUGACCCGUGUGGAUACUCAAUGAACGCUAUUGAAGGGGAUGCUAUAUCUACGAUUCAUGUAACGCCUGAAGAUGGAUUCAGUUAUGCUAGCUUUGAGGCGGUCGGUUACUCUUUGAAAUCGUCGAUGGAUGUUAACGUUUUGGUUGAAAGGGUCUUGGCUUGCUUCAAGCCGAACGAGUUUACUGUUUCGUUGCAUGGAAAUGACUUGAAGGAUGUUAAAAAUAUGAAUGUGGAUGCGUAUACUGUUAAAGAAACGAACUUUGAAGAUCUUGGUGAAGGUGGUUGGAUGAUGUAUUAUAGAUUUGCUGGUUCGUGUGGGUCUCCUAGAUCCAUCUUGAACGACUGUUGGAGCGAGUAUGAAGACGAGGAAGUCGCCAAGAAAUAAGCUUUAUUGAUCUAGACUUGGUUUUUUAUUAUGCUAAUAAUGUUGUUGCGUUUCUAUGUUUUGGUGUUUAUGUUUUACCUUUACUAUUUGUGUUCUAAUGUUCUAUGAAACAUCAAUAAAAUCUACAUGUUUGUUCUAUAAUUUGAUGUGUACUG